UCACUGGAGGAGAUUAACUCUGAAACACUUUCUUUCUUAUGGCUUUAAUCCUACAUGUAAAAUAUUCCUGAAAACACUGGAGUUUAUUGCAUAGGAUGUGAUACAGCUGCGAGAUCAUAUAAUGUCUACUAACAGCAUCCUGGACACAUUACCAGAGGAACAUUUCCGUUGUUCUAUCUGUCUGGACCUCUUCACAGAGCCAGUCACCACACCGUGUGGUCAUAACUUCUGUAGGACCUGCCUCACUCAGCAAUGCAGCGACGGCGAGUUUUAUCAGUGUCCAAAGUGUAACAAACGAUUCUUUAUGAAACCAGAGUUUUCCACAAAUGAAGUAAUUGCAGAAAUGUCAGUCCAAAUAAAGAGAAGAAAAAUUGAAGCACUUGAAAGUGUCAACAAACCGUGGAAGGUGAAAUGUGACGUGUGCACAGAUGUAAAGUUCAAGGCCUCCAAAUCGUGCCUUGUGUGUCUGACUUCAUACUGCGAUGGACACCUGGAGCCUCACCAGCGGGUCCCUGGCCUGAUGAGACACAAGUUAGUAGACCCUGUGGAGAACCUGGAGGAGAAGGUUUGUGAAAAGCAUGCAAGGAUGCUGGAGUUUUUCUGCAGAAAGGAACGAGUGUGUAUUUGUCUGCUGUGCUGUGAAGUGGAACACAGAGACCAUGAGACAGUUCCUGUUGAAGAGGAAGGGGAACUGCAGAAAGAAAACAUUGAAUCCAACCAAGCAAAAAUCAAGCUGAUGAUUAAUAAAAGACUGGAAAAGAUAGAGGAAUUUCAAAAAUCCUCAAAAAUGAGCAAAGUGAACGCAGACAAUGAAACUGAGGAUGCAGAGAAACUUUUUAGCAAUCUGGUGUUUAGAGUGCAAGAUGUUCAAAGGACAGUGAAAGAAUAUAUUGAUAAAAAACUUCAAAAAUCCAAUGUAAAAGUACAAGGGUUGAUUGAGAAGCUAGAAGAGGAGGUUGCAUCUUUGAAGACGAGACACGACAAGCUAGAGGAGCUUUCACAAAAUGAAGAUCACCUUCAACUUGUGCAGACUUUGCAGGCCCUGGACACCAUGUCAGCAAGCAAAGACUGGUCCAAGACCAAGGUUUACCCUGACCUGUACAUUCAAACAAUGAGGCGAGCAAUGGAUAAUCUUGUGAACAUUUUCCAAAAAGAACAAACAACACUGACAAGCAUGGAACUGACCAGAAUGAAAGAAUACAAAGAAUCAGUAACAUUUGAUGAAUCCACUGCUGGGGUUGGCCUCAUAAUAACAGACUUUGGAAAACGACUUAAGUACUCAAAAACUGCAAGGUCAUCAACACCGUCUUCGAACUCAAAAAGGUUUCGUCUGCCAAUGGUUUUUGGGAUGAAUGGCUUCACCUCUGGCCGUCACUACUGGGAGGUCCAGGUGGGCCUGAGGAACGACUGGGAUAUUGGUGUGGCCCUGGAAACAAUCGAUAGGUCAGACGAUGAUGUGAGAAAAGACAAGGGAUUUUAUUCUAUUGGAAAAUCUGGUUUUGAUUAUGAGGUUAACGAAAAACCCCGUAAAGUUCUCCAUCUUAGUCCCAGGCCAAGACACGUGGGGGUGUUUUUAGACUAUGAGGCGGGUCGAGUGUCAUUCUUUGAUUUGAACAAGAAGUUGCAUAUUCAUUCUUUCAACAAAGAGUCUUUCACAGGAAAGCUUUUCCCAUAUUUUUACCUGUACAGUGGUGCAAAGAGGUCUGAGCCUUUGGUUCUCCAUUUUAUGCAAGAUCCAGGAUACUUGCUGACUCUUAUUCAACCUAUUUGAUGUGCUAAAAAAAGCAAAAAAACAACUGAAUAAAUCCUCUAGUGAGAUUCUCAAUUCAUUUUCUGCAAUAAGAGAUUUAAAAAUGCAAAUACAGUAACAACGACAGUCCGUCAUAUUAGUUAAGAUCAGUAGAAAGAGAACAUUUUUUGUCUUACUGUACAUAUUUUUGGUUUGGUGCACUUUGGUGCUACCAGAGAAAUUAGCUUUUGUGACAUCCAGUCAACGUCCUACUGGUGGACAUCAAAUACGAAGUCUUCUUAAUCAAACUGUUGGACAGAAACUAA